AUGCAGGAUUUACUUGCCUUUGUGAACGUGCUAUUGAUGAAAAACUACAACCAGUUGACUUUAAUGGAAGAUAAUGUAUUACUUACCAAUGUUGGCAAAGUUCAAUUUAUGGAAGCUGUAAAGUAUCUCUGUAAAUUUCUUCUUGAUGCUAUAGAAUUUACAGAAGUUUCUGAUAGUCAUAGUCGAUUAGUAGUAUUCUUAGCAGCAGAAGGUGUCUUGAUGCCUUUUAAUAGCUUCUUAAAAAUGAUCAAACUAUCUUCUUCUAUGAAACUUGAUAUUCUUAAGAUACUUCAAAUAGUUGUUACUUUUUUUGAUGUGAAUCUCAUUCAUCUGGCACCUUUAUGUUAUUUUAAGAAAGUAAUUGUAUCUGUUAAUGAUGAAAGUAGGAUGAAAGUUCCUAAAAAAGGCAUUUAUGAUUAG